UGGAGUACCAAAAGCAGCGUUUCAGUGUAACUCGGUCGAACAGGCGUGCCUCAAUGGGAUGGUUCAAGGUCUACCAGAUGGUACACGUUAUUGUAGAUGUAAAAGUGGUUUCAAUGGAGCCGGGUGUUCACUACGGGACGAGUGUGGCUGUGGAGAUGGGGGAGUGUGCACGUGUAAAGCAGAUACGUGCCAAUGCGAAUGCCACCCAUUGUUUACAGGCGCGACAUGUAAUGAAAGAAAAGAGCUCCCUUCCAGUCCAUCCUACUCCCCUUCUAGAGAUGCUAGUGGACAGUGGUGCACGAUAGCAGGCGAGCCACAUUACCAAACAUUCGAUGGCGCAGAUUUUCAUUUCCAAGGUCACUGCCUGUACAGCAUGUCAGAGGAAGUUGUUCCCGAGGGGUUUGACCCCUUCUUUAGUUUAUCAGUUCGUAAUGCGAUAAGAGAGUUUGGCUGGAGGGGAGGAGUUUCAUGGCCAUCAUAUAUUGUGAUAAGAAUCUUGAACAAGGUUGACAUUUUCAUUGGACAAAUGGGCUAUGGUCCUGGCCUUAGUACUCUUGAUGUUCGGAUAGUGGACAUUGUAAAUCAGGAAAUCACUCGGAUAACAGAGUUUACAAAUUUGCCACAGACAAAAUCAAUAGGAACCAUACUAGGGACGAAUACAGCCGUCACGGCAGAAAUAUCUUACAUCGGUCGCAAAGUUACUGUAGAAAUAGUACCAAUGGCACUAAAAAUACAGUUUAUAUCUAGCUACGAAGCAAGAAUAUACCUAGACGAAUAUUGGAAAGGGAAGGUCAAAGGUAUGUGUGGCAACUAUAAUGAUGCUGUUGACGACGAUUACGUUACCAAGACAGGCAUCAGGGUUAAAACCAGAGAGAACAAAGGAACGCUGAUUGGCAAUAGCUGGAAGAAUGCUGAGUCACUACCAUUAUAUGAUAAAGAUUCGGAUACCUGUAUAGAUAAUACUUUGCCAGAUUUACCAAGAUUUGAUGAAAUUAACCAAGCUUUGUUUGAUGAAGCAUCAGAACACUGUAGAGAUCUAUGUCCGAACAUAUUGGAGUUCAGAUAUAGUGCAUGUGUUGCGGACUAUUUUACCACUCAGAAUGAAAAAAGGAUGCAAUGCGAAGUAUUGCUGAAUACGCUUGA